AUGUCACAGGAUCCUUGGGAUGAUUGGGAAACUGCUGCAGAUGCUGGUUUGAAUGAUUGCAAAAUACCCACCGAAAAGGUCAAGCCAAAAGCGACAACAACUACAACCUUUCAAUCAAACCAACAAUUAUGGGAAAAAGCUAACCAGUUUGCUUCGCCUGUCAUUGUGCAUACCAACACAUUAGCUGCUCACGCUGAUUAUAAACCAGAGCUAAAGAUUCUGAAGCGGCCUCAAGACGCCAAAAGCAAAAAGGAGGUUAUCCUGACAAAACCUGUAAAGAGCCUAGCUGAAAAGGAAAAGGAUUAUGAAGCAGCAAAGCGAUUGAUUGAUGAGAAAUUCCAAAGAAAAUAA